UCUGUACUUCUCAUUCAAAACAGAACACAGCUGUUGAGGGCGCUCCGCCCGCCCGCGUAUUCCUCUCUUGACUGUCCUCGACUACUGCCUUUAACCACCACCCUAAUACUGUCUCAUGAACCCGCUGGAAUACCAUACAGAAAGAAUUUCCAGGACCUUUGAUACUCUGUUUCAACUUCCAGCUGGCAGGCACGACGUGACAGGCCAAGAAAGCAACACACGGCGAGAGACUGAACUCACCUCUGAAACCAUGCUCAUCUGACACACAACCGAGCAGGGCGGGCUUUUGCUGCAGCGGAGCAUGAUGAACGGCAGUCUUCUGCGCUAGAGCUGCAUGCUGUGGGAAUGAUGGACUUCCCCAAUGGCCAAUUAAGCCUCGCCCCUAUUGCUGCCACUAUCUCUGAGAGGAGCAGCAGCUCAGAGUCUCUUAGUGACAAGGGCUCCUCCGAGCUGAAGAAGAGCUUUGAUGCGGUUGUCUUCGACGUGCUGAAGGUCACACCAGAAGAAUAUGCUGGCCAGAUUACGCUUAUGGAUGCUCCAGUGUUCAAAGCCAUCCAGCCAGAGGAGCUGUCAAGUUGCGGUUGGAACAAGAAGGAAAAACACAGCUCGGCUCCCAAUGUUGUUGCUUUUACUCGGCGGUUCAACCAGACAAGUUUCUGGGUGGUUCGGGAGAUCCUCCAUGCGCAAACGCUGAAGAUCAGAGCCGAGGUGCUGAGUCUAUACAUACGCACCGCCAAGAAAUUGUGCGAAAUAAACAACCUCCACGCCGUCAUGGCAGUGGUGUCGGGUUUGCAGAGCGCUCCCAUCUUCCGGCUCACCAAAACAUGGGCGUUACUGAGCCGCAAGGACAAGGCCACAUUUGACCGUCUUGACUUCUUGAUGUCAAAAGAGGACAAUUACAAGCGGCUACGGGACUACAUUAGCAGCCAGAGCAUGGUGUCAUGUAUACCAUACCUAGGGAUGUACCUCUCUGAUCUGACCUACGUGGACUCAGCCUACCCAUCCACGGGCAGCAUCCUGGAGAAUGAGCAGCGGUCCAACCUGAUGAAUAACAUUCUCAGAAUUAUAUCAGAUCUGCAGAGAUCUUGUACAUACGAUAUUCCUCUUUUACAUCACGUACAAAAGUAUCUCAACUCUGUCAGAUACAUCGAGGAGCUGCAGAAGUUUGUGGAGGAUGACAAUUACAAGUUGUCACAAAGGAUCGAGCCUGGAACCAGCACGCCGCGAGCUAAUGCCUCCAAGGAGGAUCUUGCGGGCCAGGAGGCGUCUGCAUCUCCUUUAUGCGGCCGUAAAUGUUCGAUGGCGGCCGACGGCGCUAAAGUCCCAGCCACACCGCCCUCUCCAAGGAACCUGCUGCCAUACGGACACCGCAAGUGUCACAGUCUGGGCUACAAUUUCAUCCACAAGAUGAAUACGGUGGAGUUCAAGAGCGCCACCUUCCCCAAUGCCGGUUCUCGCCACCUGCUUGACGACAGUGUAAUGGAGAGCAACAGUCCCACUCGGGGCCAAGCCGAGAGCUCCACAUUGUCUAGCGGCAUUUCACUGGGAAGCAGCGACGGCUCAGAACUCAGCGAGGAAGUAACGUGGCCAGCUUUCGAGAGGACUCGGUUCUAUCACUCUCUGGGCCCAGUGACCCGCGUGGCCCGCAUCCCCUACCGAGGAGUCCUGAGGCCCAGCAGCUCUGCCGAGUCUGAGGAAUUGGCGGUUCAUUUGUAUCCCGGAGCGGUGACGGUGCAGGGGGUGCUGAGGCGGAAAACUGUACUCAAGGAAGGCAAGAAACCAACGGUGGCGUCCUGGACCAAAUACUGGGUGGCUCUUUGCAGUACCCAACUUUACUUCUAUCCUGUCAAGUCCUUGAAGGCUACAGAGAGAAAACAUUUCAAGUCAAAGUCCAGUAAGAGCGUGUGCGUGGUGGGUCUGAUGGCGAUGAUGGCGGACGAUCCAGAGCAUCCGGAUGUCUUCAUGUUGACCGACUCGGAGCACGGUAACACCUACAAGUACCAAGCAGGCAACAGGAUGAACGCCUUGCUGUGGUUUAAACAUCUGAGUGCUGCGUGUCAGAGCAACAGACAACAGGUGCCAGCUAAUCUGAUGUCAUUUGAGUGAGCGGCCCAAGGAGGCGGUGGAGCUUUUUAACGCACCGCUUGGAAGCUUUCACUGCCCGAUAAACCCAUCACCGCCCCCUGCUGGUCUCAUUGCAGGCUCACCUGUCACCACUGCCUUAACAGAGAACCCUAUUUGUGUGUUUGUGUGCACGUGGACAAACAAUCUUCGACUACUGAACAAGGAAGCGCACCACUGCUCUCGUGUCCGAUUGAGUGAUUGGACUCGUCAUCAAUCAGACGGAGCUCGUUCUCUCCUUUUAUUUUUAUGUUUUUUUUUUCUUUUGAUGUACAGUUUUCUUUUUAUGAGCUCUCUGCAAAUGAGGAGGCAUUCAUAGGACUCACUUUGGGGCCAUUUAAAACAUUUCGGGGUUCUGGCCCACACUUUUGCUGAGGAAAUAGAGUUCUAAAAAAAAGGGCUCCACUAAUUGGUUGCGUUGUGAAUGUUUUUAUUACAAGCCCCGCCACCGUCUUCUUUUGUUUUUGUAUAGUGUUUUGUAUAUAAAAUGUGUUUGUGGGGAGGCCCAUUUGUCAUACCAACCAGGUACGAUAUUCCAAAAAUGGAAUGGCGCUUGGAUGCAUCCUCCUUUUUGUAACAGCUUUGGGUUGGCAACAAAACAAGCAGACUGUGAAGCAGAUAGUCUGUGAUGUGGACGUUAAAGCGACCUGGAGCUCUGCACAAAGUAGUCUUUCUUUCCUUUUUUUUAUAUUUACAAAAAAGUACAAAGUGUUUUCUUUUUUAGGGAGCGUCAGUGCAGUUGACACAGUAUUAUCACGCAGUAGAUUGAUUGCACAUUGUGUGUCUGUUACAUUGAAACUGUUACAUUUGUUGUUGUUCUGGAAGUAGACCACGUGCUAUCCGAGUUUGGAUAUGAAUUACUUGAACUUUUUUUUUUUUUUUAAACCACAAAAAGUUGGAAAAAAAAUAACUUGUAAAAAGUUGGAUCUCAAAAAUAUUCAUUCACAGUCAACAUCUUUAAAAAAAAAAAAAAAUCCUAAUUAUAAUGUAUUAUCUCCCCAAAAAAUGAAAAACACAAUUUAGCUUUGUUUAAAAAAAAGUUAUUGAUUUGAAAGCCUGUGAAGUUGGAAUGCUUACUUUUUUUUACCAUCAAAAUGUUCCUUUAAAAAGUCAUUUUAAAAAUCUCAGGUAAAAAAAAAUACAAAUUCAACAAAAUUCUGAAUCUUAAUGUUUUGUGUAAAAAAUAGGUUUAAUUCAAUUGUUUUAGAUCCAUAUCGUAUGCAAAGUAAAGUUUUUUUUCAGUUUUGCGCUGCAUUUUCUGAAGUCAACAUCUUGGAAAUCAGAGAAAUAUAAAAUUUAGAUGAAAUUUUCUUUUCAACAUUGAAUUUUUGCAAAUAUAUCUUUUUUUGUGAAAUAUUUUGAUGGUAAAAAGAUCAUUCUGUCAGGAUCCCCCCCCUCCCCCCCAAACUCAUAAAUUCAAUCCAACUCAGCUGGCACAGAUCUACCUCGUGUUCUUUUCCUCCUUUGUGUUAUAGGCGCCUUUUUAAUGACACACCCCCGCCUCUAGAUUUCAGCAUUGGUGUCCUCACUUUGCCAGUGUUGCACCCAAAGUGGGGAAAAAAAGGUAUUGCGCGCAUUUGGCUGUUUAUUCCUGAAACGGAUGUUUACAUGUGUGCGUUUACAUCACGGUGAGCUCCCACUAAUGGCGCUUCACACACUCCCUUUCUUGGCCCUAACUAUAUUAACAGACUUCCUCGCACAAGUCAGGCGAUCCUGUGGAGAAAUGAAUGAAGAAACCAAAGCCAGGCUCGGCAGAUACCUGCACACCUGUACGUAAUGCAUAUAUAGAUAUAUAUUUUUGAAAGGUCCUAACUUGAGCCACUAGUAGCUGUGACACAAUCAUCUGCGUGGUGACUUGAAGGCAUCUAAAAAGAGGCUGUGAAUGAAAUUUAGGGGCCACACAAACACCAUUUUGGGGGAUGAUUGAACACCAGAUAUCAAUGCAUUUGAAAUGACCUAGAGGGCAGCAUGUUUCAGUUAAUUCAUGAGCUACUGUUGAUUGCACUGCGUCCAAUCCGUUUGGACUGGGAGGAUAUGGAAGUGAUUUAGUGAUGUUUCUUUAAAUAGUUAUUGAAUCAAUCAAAUUAAAAAAUCUUAAAAUGGAAUUUAAAGAAAAAAAGGCUCCAACCUGCCCUCUCAGUUGAAAUGGAUUGGACGUAUAUGUCCGUCAAUGAGUUAGAGACUAAAUUGACCUGCGUUUUAGUGGUUGUCUGUGUGCUGCCAUUGACUGGUGAACAGUCCAAUGUGAACAACUCUCACUAAAAGUGUCAGCUAGAAUAGACUCCAGUUUAAAAAUUCUUCUCACGCUUAUUCAGUUUACAGUGGACCCCCACAUCCCCUCCUGUAUUGAUGUGUUUGAAUACAUGAUUUGGUCAUUGUCUCUAUGCUGUGAAUGAAGCCUACCCUCUGAGCGUUUUUGCCGUCCACAACCAGACGAAAAGGUGGCGAAGCUGAUGUGUGUGUGUGUGAGUGCAUGUGUUUGUGGAGCGCCGUGACCUCACUGCCGAGUGAUGUGCUCCCAUGUGUGAACACUGAGAACCAAUAAACACUCUGCCCUGUUUUUUACUCCA